CACUAUUAUAUGUAAAACCCCCUUCACUCUCUUUCUUAUCUCUAUCCGCUCCACUCUCUUUUGAUAGUAUCAUCUUCAUCAUCAACUCUCAAUUACUUUUGCUAACUUUUUCGGUUACUCUUUGAAAUAUGUCUUGCUGUGGUGGUAAUUGUGGUUGUGGAUCUAACUGCGGUUGCGGCAGCGGCUGCGGAGGAUGCAAGAUGUUCCCUGACUUCGUCGAGAACAGCUCUAACCCCACCGUUCUCGUCUCCGGUGUUGCCCCCAAGAUCUCGUACGCUGAAGGAGCAGAGAACGGAGUAGCUGCCGAUAAUGGCUGCAAGUGCGGUGCCAACUGCCAAUGCGACCCAUGCAACUGUGGCAAAUGAAUACCAUCUUAAUUAAUCAAGAUGAUGAAAUAUUUAAACUAAUGUUGUGUUAAGAAGUGUUCUAUGUUUCUGGGACUAUUGUUGUGGUGUAUAAGCCAAACUCCUAAUUAGGGUUUAUUGCUUAGAAUAAUCGUAUUAUAACAGCCAUAUGAUAUGAUAUGAUAUCGUGUUGUAUGUGAUGUUUACUUUUCACUAGUUGGACUAAUUAUAAUAUUGUGUUUGUUUCAGAACACUUUGUGAUUUUGGAGACUUUUUACCAGUUGGACUAAUUAUAAUAUUGUGUUUGUUUUAUAA